AUGGCAGGAAAGACAUUUCUUGGAUUACUUUACGCACAGCUUAAUGUAACUGGUGUGGUCGAGGUUCCUGAAGGAAAUGGUUCUGGAGUAGUUUGGGAUGGCAAUGGACACAUAGUGACAAAUUACCAUGUGGUUGGCAAUGCUCUUUCAAGGAAUCCAAGCCCUGGUCAAGUUGUUGCGCGAGUGAAUAUCCUUGCCUCUGAAGGGGUACAAAAGAAUUUUGAGGCUAAGCUGAUUGGUGCAGACCGUUCUAAGGAUUUGGCUGUCUUAAAGGUGGAAGCUUCUGGAGAUCUGUUAAAGCCAAUCAAAGUGGGGAAGUCAGCUGUUCUAAGAGUUGGUCAGCAAUGCCUAGCAAUUGGUAACCCGUUUGGUUUUGACCAUACUCUAACAGUUGGUGUUAUUAGUGGACUUGAUCGGGAUAUCUUUAGUCAAGCUGGAGUAACCAUUGGAGGUGGUAUCCAGACAGAUGCAGCCAUCAAUCCAGGGAAUAGUGGCGGUCCUUUACUAGAUUCCAGAGGAAAUAUGAUUGGCAUAAACACAGCAAUAUUUACACAAACAGGGACAUCUGCUGGUGUAGGCUUUGCUAUUCCAUCUUCAACUGUUCUAAAGAUAGUUCCUCAGUUGAUCCAGUUUGGAAAAGCUGUUCGUGCUGGUCUUAAUGUGGAGAUAGCUCCAGAUCUUGUUGCUAAUCAACUAAAUGUUCGUAAUGGAGUUCUUGUGCUACAGGUUGCUGGAAACAGUCUUGCAGCGAAAGCUGGUCUACUACCCACAAAUAGAGGUUUUGCUGGUAACAUAGUUCUUGGGGAUGUUAUUGUUGCUAUUGAUGAAAAGCCUAUCAAAAAUAAAGCCGAGCUGUUUAAGAUUCUUGAUGACUACAAUAUUGGGGAUAAAGUUAUCCUCAAGAUUCAGAGAGGAAGUGAGAUUUUGGAGCUUCCUUUGGUUUUGGAGGAAACGAGCUUCUGAGGUAUGUAUAAGGAGGCAGCAUCCAGUUUGCGACACCAUCAACUUUCUUUUUCUGCCUGCUUUUGUUAUAUAAUGUAGCAUUUCAUUCUUUUGUAAAACUGUUAUUUUCAUCGAAAAAUAUAAGAUGUGUCUUGUGGAGUUUCGAGUUCCUCAUGUUAUAUAUUUCUUUUUGUCAUUA